AGAAGAAUGUGGCUCAAAAGUCAGAUACUGCUCUUAUAUUGCAUUGCAGCUGAAGUUUGGAUGGCAAAGCAGCUUGACUCUAGAAGAAACAUCCCCCGAGGACUUUACUCUGUUGAAGAUGGCAGUUCUGCAAAGGGGAGCAGGCUAAAAAGGAAUCUCUAUCAGGGGAGGUCCUGCAGGAUAAGAGGCUGCUGCACAGGAAGAGAUGAUGACUGCAGCUUUAACAUUGUCUCCAAAGCAGCUAUAUGUUACUGUGACCAGUUCUGUGCCUCAGGCUCUCCUGGCCCUGUAGACUGUUGUGGUGAUUACUGGGAAGUUUGUGACCACCCUGUUGAGCCCACCAGGUCAGAUGAGCCUUGGCCACCCCCAGCAUCGGGUUGUUAUAAAGAUGGUCGAUAUUAUGGAGAAGGAACAAUAAUUACAGACAACUGCAAUUCAUGCAAAUGCUUCCACAGUCUCUGGAAGUGUUCAAAAGAAGUAUGCCUUGUUCGCCAAGACUUAAUUCAACACAUCAAUUCUGGAGAUUUUGGAUGGAAAGCUGACAACUACAGUCAGUUCUGGGGAAUGACAUUGGAAGAAGGUUUCAAAAAGCGCCUGGGCACAUUUCCUCCAUCUCAGUCUUUGCUGAAUAUGAAAGAAGCUCCAGGAAUCUCACUUCCAGAAGAAAAGUUUCCUGCAUUUUUUCUAGCCACUUAUGCAUGGCCUGAGUGGAUUCAUGAUCCUCUGGAUCAGCGAAACUGUGGAGCAUCCUGGGCUUUUUCAACCGCAAGUGUUGCAGCAGAUAGAAUAACAAUUCAUUCCAAGGGUGAGAUCACAGACAACCUUUCUGCUCAGAAUUUGAUCUCUUGUGAUACCAGGAAUCAACACGGAUGUAAUGGUGGAAGUAUUGAUGGUGCCUGGAGAUACCUAAAAACACAUGGAGUUGUAUCCUAUGCUUGUUAUCCAUCGUUUUGGAACAGUCACCUGGAGACUUCAGGCGAAAAUCGUUGUUAUGUGUCAAGUGAAUAUGGAAAAAACUAUACAAAUGGACCAUGUCCUAAUCCUCUAGAAGAAUCUAAUCGGUUAUAUCGGUGUGCCUUUCCCUACAGGGUCUCCUCAAAAGAGACCAAUAUAAUGAAAGAAAUUAUGGACAAUGGACCAGUGCAAGCUAUAAUGAAAGUGUAUGAUGAUUUUUUCCUUUACAAAGAGGGAAUCUACAGAUGUCCCCAGAAAAUAGGCUCUAAAUGGAAAACUCAUUCAGUCAAACUCCUUGGGUGGGGAGAAAUAACUGACAAACAUAGACAGAAACAGAAGUUCUGGAUUGCUACAAAUUCAUGGGGAAAGUCUUGGGGAGAAAAUGGUUAUUUUAGGAUUCUACGUGGGAAAAAUGAGUGUGAUAUUGAGAAGCUGAUUUUAGCUACUCUGGGAUAGCCAUAGUUGUACUCCAAAUGUAUUCUAAUGUUCUCUGUUUUAUGUAUCUAUUCUUUCCAUUGCUGCACAAUGAGUCAUUCUAGAGAGAUAAAAAAGUCUUCUCUGCCAGUUACCUUUCAUUCUAUUAUGGUCCUUUAGGGCUUCCUGACUUGAAUACACGUCAGUCUCAGAACUCACCUAGUACAAACUGUUUUAAACUAAAAGCAAAUUGCAUCCAGGACUACUGAAAACCUUGGUGUCUCACAGAGCAGGAAGUUCCCUCUUAUGUUAUUUACAACUCACCACUAUCUUGUUAUAUUGCUAAUGGUUGAUUCAACGGUGCCUGAAAUAAAUGUAGUUAAAUUAUUAAUAUUAACCUCUUUGCAAUGCACACUCUGCUUACAAAUCCCUUGAGAAAUAUUAUGUGCUCUUCCACAAGGAGUUGGCUUACACAGCUCAUACUGGAUAAAAAAUUCCAAAGAAAUGUAAGUAGUCUUCUGAUCCUGUUGCAGAAUAAUUAUUUCCUAUUCUAGAUUGUAUCUUUGUGUCAUCAUCACAUCCA